CUAAAAUGUGGCCCGUGGCAAAAAUGAGUUUGACAUCCCUGCCCUAACAGUUACAAAAUGGCCCAUUAUUUGGAGUCUUUCGAAAAACUUGGAACUUGUACACGCGCCAAGAUCAUCACUUUUCAGGAGACCCCCCCCAAAAAAAAACACAAAAAGCUAUUUGAAUAAAUGUAAGACGGUAAUCUGAUUACUUCUCUCACCGGUAGUGUUUUUGAGAGGUGUCUAAAAGUCAAAAUAUGCCCACAGUUGAGUUGUUGAGCCAGGUGAUGGAGGUUCAGAUUUUUUUUUUGGGGUGGGGGGCUAUGCUAUCAUCCCACAGUGCAGUUGUGACUUGCUGACAGGUGUAGCACUCCAGAAGGUCAAAGUUCACGAAAGGCUGCCUCGGCGAUACAAGUCUGCAAGCGUUUCUGGACAGAAUCCGGCACUUGUGUCGCACUCACUUCGAAGCUAACGUUUGUCAAGAUGAAGAUCUUGAUAACGCAGGAGGCAGAGGCCUCCCCAUACAACGCAGCUUUGUUUCAAAACGAGCGCCCAUCGGCAUCCAGUCAAAGCCACUUUGGGAAUGGGACUAAGCCAAGAUCAUUCGAGAGAAGGGGCCGCGGGGUCCUGGGAUGGGGCGGGGCUCGGGCUCGGGAACUCCAGUCACGUGUUGCUGUCACCCGCCACUCAUCCUGUUUGUCCGUUUUGGACAAAAAAAAAAAAAAAGACUGAUGGCGACACGGAUUCAAUGGAGUCCAUUCAGCCCCAGAUCCUGCUACUUGCUUUGGCUUCUUCGAGAAGGAGCCUAAUCAGAAAUGACGUCGUUUCAAGUCAACUCACCAUUAACCGUUUUGUCACAAGCCACACGAGAAUUGGUUUUUGAAGGGUCAGAAUGACAGAAUUUUGUUGCCGUCAGUACCUGAUGCCUGGGAAUCGACAGCGAUGCCCAUUUGUGAUACUUCCAUCUGUGUGGAAUGAGCAAGCACCAACAAGUGACUGUUUUCCCCAACAGCCCCGUCUGUUGCAAUGCAUUGUGGGGCCUCUCCAGUCAGAGAUUACUUGCGUUAUGCGGCAGUAGCGGUCCAUAUCUUCCCUUAGUGCUCCAACGCACUUAACUUGACCCCCCCCCCCCCAUUGUCAAGCCCCAAGGGACCCUCUGAGGAGUCUUCAUAUUCACUGGGAGAAAGUUAGACGGCGCAACAUGCCGCCCGGUCCGCACCGCACCGCCCCUCCUCCUCCUCCUCCGUCGUGUCUUCUUCCUCCUCCAGCUGGCCAGCAGAUGGGAAGACCUGUUGGCCAAGAGAGGGAGAAAGGCAAUGAGGAAGAAGAGGGCUGAAAGUAAAGGAUAGUGAGUGAUAAGCACACUUGGUGGCUGAUGUGAACUUAGAUAGCCCCGACUCUCUGCGUGUGCGUGGGCGUGUGCGUGUGCGUGUGCAUGCGUGUCUUGUUUACAGGUCCUCGCAAAGUGCAGGAAGCCAGACCGUGCGGGGGAAGGUGAUGACGAUGUCGGAGGAUGGGCAUUUUAAGGGGAGAGGAAGCCAGCGGGUGUGUGGAAAUCAACAGGGACUCGUCCUACUAAGAUUCAUAUAAACACCGGUCCUCACGUCGUCACUUGAGCGCUUUCUCUGUGUGUGUGCCCUGCGGGAACCUCAUACCAGUGGCGGGCUGUACAAGCUGUGCAGGCCUCGCUGGACCUGACCGUUCACCACUGAUGGUCGAGGUUGGAGAGUGUCAUCACAUCGGAGAGGGGAUUAGAGGCGAGAGGUUGUCUUCCAGGAGCUGUGUGGUCCCCCCCGCCGCCGCAGUCCUCCCUCCCUCACCACCCUCAAGUCCUCUUAUGAGCGCAGGGGAACAGUCGCAGGAUUCCUUUUGCCCGCACGCUGCCCCGCCAGUUGACCGCAGGAGGGUCCAAGUGAGCGGCUCGGGGUGGACCUCCCUCCCUUCAAUUUGACGAACCGCUCCCCAAACAUUCAAAAAAAAAAAAAAAAAAAAAAUGCAGCCACGGUGGCUGUCCUGCUUGGCUCUCCUCUCGUCUCUGGCCUGGGCUUCGAGUGUCUCGGGCUACGCCACCACCCGGGCUCAGGGCCUCAGGGGCCGCAUCCAGAGGGACCGCCGGAACAUCCGGCCCAACAUCGUCCUCAUCAUGACUGACGACCAGGAUGUGGAACUGGGCUCUCUGCAGGUCAUGAACAAAACCCGCAAGAUCAUGGAGGAAGGCGGCACCGCCUUCACCAACGCCUUCGUCACCACGCCCAUGUGCUGCCCGUCCCGCUCGUCCAUGCUGACGGGCAAGUACGUUCACAACCACAACACCUACACCAACAACGAGAACUGCUCGUCGCCCUCCUGGCAGGCCCAGCAUGAGCCGCGCUCCUUCGCCGUCUAUCUCAACAACACCGGCUACAGGACAGGCUUCUUUGGCAAGUAUCUCAACGAGUACAACGGCAGCUACAUUCCGCCUGGGUGGCGCGAGUGGGUCGGACUGAUCAAAAAUUCCCGCUUCUACAAUUACACCGUCUGUCGGAACGGUUACAAGGAGAAACACGGCGCAAAUUACGCCAAGGACUACUUCACCGACCUGAUCACCAACGACAGCAUCAACUUCUUCCGCAUGUCCAAGAGGAUGUAUCCGCACCGUCCAGUGAUGAUGGUCAUCAGCCACGCCGCCCCCCACGGCCCGGAAGACUCGGCACCGCAGUACGCUGAGUUUUUCCCCAACGCCUCCCAGCACAUCACGCCCAGUUACAACUAUGCCCCCAACAUGGACAAGCACUGGAUCAUGCAGUACACGGGCCCCAUGAAGCCCAUCCACAUGGAGUUCACCAAUUUCCUCCACCGCAAGAGGCUGCAGACCCUCAUGUCCGUAGAUGACUCCGUGCAAAAGGUUUACGAGAUGCUGGAGGAGACGGGCGAGCUGGACAACACGUACGUCAUAUACACCGCCGACCACGGCUACCACAUCGGUCAGUUCGGGCUGGUCAAAGGCAAGUCCAUGCCGUACGACUUCGACAUUCGCGUACCCUUCUUCCUCAGAGGGCCCAACGUGGAACCCGGCGCUGUAAAUCCUCAUCUGGUGCUCAAUAUCGACCUCGCGCCGACUGUCCUCCAUAUUGCCGGGCUGGACACGCCCCCUGACAUGGACGGAAAGUCCAUCCUUAAGCUACUGGAGCAGGAAAGGACCGGCAAUAGAUUCAAACCAAACCGGAAACCCAAAGUCUGGAGGGACACAUUCCUUGUCGAGCGAGGGAAGAUCCUGAGGAAGAAGGACGACUCGGCCAGCACCCAGCACACCAACAGCCUGCCCAAGUACAUGAAAGUGAAGGAGACGUGCCAGCAAGCUGAGUUCCAGACGCCGUGUGAGCAGCCGGGGCAGAAGUGGCACUGCGUGGAGGAGAUCACGGGCAAGUGGAGGAUCCAGAAGUGCAAGGGCGGCUCCAAGGAUGGCCCCCGCAAGCGGGCCCGCAGCCUGAGGCCCCGCGGCGGCUACGACACCCACGAGAGGGGCUGCGACUGCACUGACGCACUCUACAAGGCCUCGAGGAUGGAACGUCGCUCACACCGGCAGACUUCCCCUGGCCACCGUUAUCGUCCACGUUUCGUCCACACGCGGCCCACCAGGUCUCUCUCAGUGGAAUUCGAGGGCCAGAUCUACGAUGUGGACCUGCAGGCGGCGGACGACCAGAGUGCCGUACGCCGCCGCGCCGUCACCAAGCGCCACCCCGCCCCCACAGACGACCUGGACUUCGACUCGGGCUCGUAUGACGGCUCCGAGGAGAUGCUGGCGGACGACACCAAUACGGUUGGGUACCCCAAGUCCCUCAAGGUCACCCACAAGUGUUACAUCCUGAUGAACGACUCGGUCCACUGUGAGAGGGAAAUCUACCAGUCGUCCAGAGCCUGGAAAGACCACAAGAGCUACGUGGACCAAGAGAUUGAAGCACUUCAAGACAAAAUCAAAAAUCUGAGGGAAGUCCGAGGCCACUUGAAGAGGACGCGGCCAGACGAGUGUGACUGUGGGAAAAAAAGUUUUUACAGCAAAGGGGACAGAAGCAAGGCGGAGAGAGUGAAGAACAGGAACAAUCAACUGCAUCCGUUUAAGGAGUCGGCACACGAGUUGGACGGCAAGGCGCAGCUGUACAACGAGAUCCGCCGCCGCAAAAAGGAACGCAAGGAGAAGAAGCGUCUGAGGAAGGGCGACGACUGCAGCCUGCCGGGCCUCACCUGCUUCACCCACAACAAUGACCACUGGCAGACCGCCCCCUUCUGGUCACUGGGCGGCUUCUGCGCUUGCACCAGCUCCAACAACAACACCUACUGGUGCCUGAGGACCAUCAAUGAGACGCACAACACACUCUUCUGCGAGUUCUCCACCGGCUUCCUGGAGUAUUUUGACCUCAACAGCGAUCCCUACCAGCUGACCAACGGCGUGUAUGAGGUGGAUCGCGACAUCUUGAAUUCCCUUCACGGCCAGCUGAUGGAAAUGAGGAGCUGCCAAGGUUUCAAGCAGUGCAACCCCAGACCCAAAGGCUCGGACGCGGUGCACUCUGGGAUGGACGACAGGGUUAAACUGCCAAACCUGACGGACGAGGACGUCAAUUGGCAGGGACUGGAGGAUCUGUACAGCAUCAACGAAAGCCUUUAUGACUGGAGGCCCGACUACAGCCCGGGACCGGAUGACUGGGCCAAUUUCCGCAAAGAUGUGGACCGCGUCUUUGCAUUGUCGCCCAUUUUCAACCAAUCCCGCCUGACGCUGGUGAUCGACGACUCUGCCCCGGAUGAGCUGGGCUCUGGGGGCGGAGCCUUUGAAGCUGGCAGCGGAGUAGAGGCUGGGGAUGUCUGGCCGGGGGGCGCCUGGUCUAGGGGCGACCUUCCCGGGGUCUUCAUACCCAGCCUCACGACAACACCUUUAUCCGCGCCCUCACUACAGAAGGAACCAGAUUACGUUGUCAACGACCUUCCCGAGAGGAGCACAGUCCAUCCCCGGGGUGCCUUUCUUGUGGGCGUCCUUUCCGAGGUCAUCUUACCCACCUCCAGCCUCUUGCCAACACCUUCAACCGAGCCUUCACCGCAGAGAAAACCGGAUCCUGUUGUCAAUGACCUGUCCAAGAGGCAAACAGACCGACCCCGGCAACCAGAGCUGCAACCCCAGGUCGUCCCUCCAGGGGGCGCCCUUGCCAGGGGCAUCUUUCCCAUCCCCAGCCAAAUGCCAACACCUCCACCGCCGAAGAAACAAGAUCCCGUUGUCAAUGACCUUAAUGGGAAGCAGAGAGUCUCACUCCAGAUGCCAGGGGGGCAACACCAAGGCGUCCCUCCUGGGGACGUCUUGCCUAGCCAAAGCCGAAAGCCAUCACCCUCAAACACUCCUACAUUGAAUAAGAAACUGGAUGCUCUUGCCAACGACCUUAUUGAAAAGCAAACAGAAUGGUUCCAGGUGCCAGGGGGGCAACCCCAUGGUGUCUUUCCAGGAAAGGAUGUCUUGCCUCGCCCCGGCCUCGUGCCAGUUCCAUCAUCCAAACCCACAAAGCAGGAGAACCCGUAUCCCACAGUCAACGACCUUCCUGAGAGGCGGAUAGACUGGCCCCAGGUGCCAGGAGGGCAAUCCCAGCAGCCAACACCUUCAUUUGAGUUUACACUGAAACCAGAUCCCGUUGCCAACGAAAAUCCUGAGAGGCAGAUAGACGGGCUCCGGGGUGUCUUCCCAGCGGGAGUCCCCAACCUCACGCCAACACCCUCGUCUGCUCCUACACUGGAGAAGAAACCAGAACCUGUUGUCGAAGACCUCCCAAAGAGGCCUCGGGUUCCAGUUCGUCAGUUGGAGGAGCUGGAGGGGGACACGGUCAGCGGCGAGGGCCCAAUCGAGCUGGACACGCGGCACGACACCAUGCUGCUGGCUCGCAGCGCCCCGGAGCCCCACCCGACCCACGUGGAGGGCGCUGCCCCCUUCCCCGACCCCAAUAACGAUUAUGACUUGGGGGAUAUUUUCCAGGACCAAGGCUUCCUCCCUCUGCGGCCCAACGUGAGGCCCGGCACCACCGAGAGCCACCCCGACCGGCGUACAUCGCCGAGUCGGAGCGCCGUGGCGCCGCUCCUCCCGUUGGUCUUCGAGGGCAGCGGCUCUCUGCCUCGACCAAGCGAUCCACAACUCUGACAAGACACGUGACUGACACGUCAGUCAUUCAGACUUAUAUAAUGACUUUCAAAGUUAUUUUUUUAUGUUAUUAUUAAAUGUAUUAUUAUUAGCUGACAAUGUUAUGAUUUCUUUU